GGAAAUGACUUUCCUUUAUUUUGUGAAGUGACUGUAUUGCUGGGGUGGGUUCCUAUUGUCUUGCAGUGAUGGAGCUCCUGCCUGAGCUAAUUAUCUUUGCUAAUUGGAGCACGGUAGUGAUCUGCAUGGUGCUGAAGUUCCCUCAGAUCUACUCUGUCUUGUCAGCUAGAUCUGCAGAGGGAGUGAGUUUGAACAGCGUCUUGCUGGAGCUUACAGGAUUCAUUGUAUUUCUGAGAUACCAAAUAUACUACAACUACCCUCUGGAAACCCACCUAGAAUAUCCAAUGCUUAUUGUGCAAGAUACUGUCCUUUUACUUUUAAUGUUUCUCUAUAACGGAAAUCUGAAAAAUGCUUUAUUGUAUGCUGGAAUAUUUUUUGGCUUAUGGCACAUUUUAGUUCUUCAGAGCUGGCUAAUUUAUCUAGCAUUGAAUCUGUGCACUGUGAUCAGUGCUUCAAGCAAGGUUUUACAGCUGCAGUAUAUAUGGCAGACCAAAGAUUCCGGCCAAGCAAGUGCACUGACUUGGGGUUUUGCUGCAUACACCAGUGCAACAAGAAUAUUUACAACUUUUAUGACCACUACAGACAUUGCCGUUCUUCUCCGUUUCGUUGUGAUGCUGUUUCUCAACGUGUGGGUCACAUCAGCUAUACUAAAAUACAGAAAGAAAACCGAGAAAACUGACUAAAUCACACUUUUCCCCCCUUCUAAGCAAGUGUUUUUCAUUUAUUCUUAAAACUGAUUACAGGAACAUCCCAUUGUGUCAAUUAAUUUUUAGAGUGGUCAGUACAAGAAAAAUUCUGAAACUUAACCAGUAAGCGUUAGGGAGAUAAAAAAAAAGUACCUAACAGUAUGUACAACUGAGAAUUGUUCAUUGUCAGGAUAAAGGGACUACAAGCACAUACAGUGGUCUGUCCUGCUAUGUACCUAUAUGCUAACACAUUCGUAAGGCAAUAAUGAUACAUAUAUAUGUUGUGUUUUGAUAAGUAUAUAUAUUCCCAAAGACAAGUACUUGCUGGGCUUAAAGUCAAUUGAAUACAAUCCAAGUGCUAGUCUUUGUGAUUUAUUAACAAAUUCCUAGAGCAUACUAGCAGACGAGAGUGAAUAAUCUGGUGGACGGUAACUAUAUAUAUAUAUAUAUAUAUAUAUAUAUAUAUAUAUAUAUAUAUAUAUAUACACACACACACAUAUCCACACCACAUACAAUAUAACACCACUAAAAACUAGCCACCAUGAAUGGAUUAUUUAGCCAAGCACUGCAUAUGUAGACAAAACGACAUACUUUAGCUCCGUUCUUCAUGUCAUCACAGAUAACGCAGCCUCUCUCCUACACAGGUGGCCCUUUCAUCACAUGAUUAUUAAAGUUGUACUAAUGUAAAGGUGACCUUCAGAUAAUAGAACUCUUGUUAUGUUUAUUUGCACACUACUGCACAGUGUCAGGAAGUUUUUUUUUAAUAAGUGGUAGACUUAGUAUAUGUCUAAAUGUUGUUUUGAAUGGCAAGAUUUAUUUUUGUAAUUUUAAGGUGUAUGAAUAUAUUGAGACACUGUAUAUACACAUGUUGAAGGGUUACUUAGAUUAUAUUUUCAGUUAGGUGUUUAUUUUGUUAUAGUUUUGGUAAGGAGGUUUAUAUUUGCUAAUGUAGGAAAUUAACGGCAUAUUGGACUUUUAUAUUCUUGCUACAGCAAAAAUGUACACUUGUGCAUGAAAUUCAUGGUUUGCUAUAUUUAUUUCUAGUAGAAAAUCUUAUAGCUGCAAUGAUCAGUUACUGUUCUUGUUUUUACUAGUAGAAUGUGAUAGCUGUUACCACAUCUGUGGACUACUCCAAUUUAAGAGCAUCUCAAAAUAGUUCUGAAUAAACUAUUCCCACAA